AUGGACGUCUUCAAACAGCGGUACAUGCUACGGCUAAGGGCGAUAUCGUGGAUCAGCGUAUGCUACGACCUGCCUUAUGCUUACCAUGUGAUAAGGGACGCUAUGAAUACGACGAGAAUCCCAUCGGAAGAGACAGAAGAUAUCCCGAUAAUAAACGCUCCAGUACUGGCCACACCGUCCCCAUCGACAUCGUCGUUGAUCUGCUCGGCUUUCCACGUCUCUCAUCGUCACAGAUGUCCUGUCAGCAGCUCCCAGCAGAACUCAGUGCUGGCUGUCGCAGUUCUGACACAGCCCACUCCCGGAGGUAUCUGCAAAUCUACAACGGAACCUGAUACUCAUGAGGAAGAUCUUCACGAACAAGAUGAGCCGCUGUUGUGGUUCUUUUCUUCGGCAUCGCCGCCGUCCAGCUCAACCAACAAUGCUCAGGACACUGAUCAGGAGAAAAAGGGAAAUUAUUUCAUAGGAACUUCAGCUCAACGAUUGUGCCUACUUACGUCACAGCUGGAUUUGCUGCCUGUUUGCCACUUGCCAGAGGCGUUUGGCAUGGAAAUAUUUCGGGCUUCGCAUGUUGAGUUAUUUGUUCUCUGCGCUGUCACCGGGCAGGUAGGUACUGAUUGA